GUCUCAGAAUGUCUAAGUACAAGUAUAUAGUUUUUGUUUCAAUUUUGUCGCUUGUUAUGCACUCGGCCAAUGCCGCAACCACACCAGUUAACGAUUCAAAUGCCCAAAAUACAACGAUUGUCUGCGAAAACGGCAAGAACUGUACCAUGCCAGUGGAGAAUGUGGAAUCUUGUGCGCCAUGCCAAGAAUUGAUUCAAAGCGAAAACCAAAAGUUAAGGAUUGAACUUACGAACGGCGAGCAAAAAAUUCAGGAGCAAAUACUAGAAAUCAAGCGUCUAAACUCUAAAAUAUCGGAACAACUGGUAACUGCACAAAUUUACUUAAUCGAGUUGGCAACAAAGGAGGCCGAUGAAAAUGGUGAUCCUACCAGCGAGAACAAAGACCUAUUGGAGAGUUUAAUUAGACUCAGAAAAGCGCAUGAUAAAGCUUUGCAUAACGGAGAAGAGUAUGAUGAUGUAGAUGCAGAUGCAGAUUAUGAUACUCUAAUUAGAAUGUAUGGGGAAUCCCAAUAAAAACUGUUUAAUAUUUUAAUUUUUUGUACAACGAUUGAAAUAAAUAGAUGUUUUAUGUUAAUCACUUCA